AUAUUGUAACACUUCCAAAUUUAUCUCUAUAUUUAUGAAUACUUUAAUUGAUACAUGACGGCAUGAUAGUUACAAAUCCGAUCAUUGACGUGGCUUAAGAAUCCAAGUCGCACAUCGCAUGGCAGAAAAUUCACUUUUUUGUGUUCAAUGUCAAAAUGGCUACCCCUUUUAAUUUUAAUCAAGUUGGUACAGCUUCGUUCGGAACGGGUGGUUCACUAUUUACUGCUCCUACAGGGGCACAGUCGAGCGUGAGUAACGCUCCUACCUUCGGAAACCUCGCUGCGUCGUCGAAUACUUUUGGCUCACACUCAUCCGUUGCAACCAGCAGUAUAGGGCCAUCUUCAUCAGUCGGUGCUGUAGCUAAUGGCGGAAGCAUGGGAUUUAAUCAACCUGGACAGCCGGUUUCAGUUACACCGCAGAAUUUCCAUUCACGUUGUACCGUCAGGCUCCUAACACAGUAUGUACCUCAAUGGAGUGGACAUUUUGACGUAGCCGAGGUCAUUUUGACAGCGCACGAGAAUAGAAUUUUAAAGAUGCGUGAGAUGGUUGACCGUUUGUUAGCAUUGGAUAAGCUAUGUUGGCAAUCGCAUGACAAUAUCAAGAAUUUGCUAAACGGAAUAAGUUUGCUACAAUCAAAGUUACAUAAGGGAGUGACUGAUCGAUGUAAACGCCAAGAUACGCAGAACAUGAUAUCAACGAAAGCUCGUCGGUUGUGUGACACUCUUCAAUCUAAUGAUACCCAUCAUGGAACCAAGUUCUUAGCAUCAUUUCGUGUACCAAAUCAUUUACAUGUGCAAUUAUCUAAGGAACUGCUGGACACCAUACGUUCUGGGAGGCAAGAAAUCCGUUUGCUGCAAUUGGAAGUGAUGUCACUGAAAGACAUCGAGCUUUCGAAAUAUGUGCUUACCGUGAAGGGUGUACAGGAUGCACAUGACAAGACACUACACAAAAUCGCAGAUCGUCUUUCUAAAAUUGUGUCUUCUAUGGAUGAACAUUUCCGUGAUCGCAAAGACCUUUGGCAUUGUGUAGCAGAUGAAACUAGCGAUUUGAAAAGGUCAUUCCUUAUUUCAAUAGGCUUACCUGUUCGCCCUGCUGCAUCACAGAGCUCUACAAAUGGUUUACCAUAUGUUGAAAGUCAUAAGGAAAUAAAAAAGCAAAUAGACUGUUUGAGAAAGUUCAAUGCCGCAUUCAGCACCACUGGAAAAAUCAACAUGGAUGCAUCAUAUUACAACAUACGAGAGAUGCUGCAAAAACCAACGCCCAAUGCUGCAGCUUCUCAGGUAGUCGGCGCUUUUGGAACGACUGGCAUGGUUGGCACGAAUACAACUGUGCCUGGUACGUCAUUAUUUGGCACAAACUAUGGCACCAAUGCAGGUAGUGUUUAUGGCACUUCUACUGGUGCAGGGUCGCAACAAACAGGAAUUGGUUUCACUGGUGGCACAGUUAACAUCUUUGGUAGCAAUAACACUACUACUUCUGGAAAUAACUUAUUUGGAAAUAUUCCUACCACUAAUACGGGUACAUCGAAUAUAUUCGGUACCACAAAUACGGGCACUACAGGCGGCCUAUUCGGCAAUGCCAACACGAACACUACGCUUGCUUCCACAGGUACUGGUGGUUUAUUCGGAUCUAACACCGUAGCCACACCUGGGAUUACAACUAAAAGCCUUUUCGGCACUACCAAUGCAAAUACAGCAGCUACUAGUGGCAUUUUCGGCAAUACCAACGCCGGAACAACAUCGGGCUCCAGCAACCUUUUUGGAAACACUGGCACGGCAACAACUUCUACCACUGGACUUUUCGGUAACACCGGUACCAACACAACAAGUUCUACUGCCGGCUUAUUUGGUGGAGGAACCACUAAUACCACUGGUAAUACUGGAAUAUUUGGUAGUAGUAAUACUGGUGCUCCCACAUUUGGCGCAAACACUACUGGUACAUCGGGUUCGAAUAUAUUUGGUUCUACCACCAACAGCACAGGGGCAACAAAUCUAUUUGGCAAUACUGGAGCUUCAAGUGGCGUGUUCGGAAGUGGCACAUCUAAUACCACCAAUCCAUUCGGUACCACCACCAUAGGGUCUUCAAGCAAUUCUGGGAUAUUUGGAUCUUCAACAUCUCCUACGGGUGGACAACAAACAGGAACAGCCGGCGGCUUAUUUGGGCAACCACAAUCUACAAGCACAACUGGUGGAUUAUUUGGGAACCCAUCUAAUAAUGCGACCUUUGGAGGAACAACAUUCGGUCAGCAGACCAACACGUCUAAGAGCACUGCCAUAGUUCCGUACAACCCCAACCCACUUAUACGUUGACUUGGGCCAAAUAGCCCCUUUUACAAAUAAACACGCAUACAAUAUGAUUGCAAUCACAGUUAGCCAUAUGUUGUUGUAAUUUAGGCUACGAGCACACAUGCUCCGCCAGCCUCUUUGAUCUUCUUCUCAGCCAGCUUGCUGAAGUAUCUAGCCUU